AUGCCACGAUAUCCAUUACAUGCUGCAUCUGGUACAGGGCUCAGUUUUGAUUUUCAACGAAAAACAAUACGUCUUGCAAGAUAUGGAUGUGCUAACCGACCAUUUUAUCACAUUGUCGUUCAGCCUACAGUAUUAGAACAACGUCAACCACCUAUUGAACAAUUAGGUACUUUUGAUCCAAUGGCAAAUCAAUACAAUGAAAGAUUAGUAUCUCUUAAUUUAGAGAGAAUACAAUACUGGCUCGGUCAGGGAAAUGUUUCAUUAUCAAAAUCAAUGAAGCAGCUUCUGGGGCUAUCUGGAUUUUUGCCUAUAAGUCCGGUCACAUAUAUCAAUGCUUGGAGAAGUAGAAGGAAAACUGAAGAAGAGGAAAAAAAAGCCGCAUUAAAAAAAAAUGAAGACUCUCAAAAAGCAGAGCAAUCUAAUUAA